UUUGGCUUUGUCCUUUGUGGCAUGUGGAUCUGGAUGUGGUUCAAUGGUUUUCCCGUACCUAUUGGACAGGCUUAUUAGCGUGUUCGGCUGGAGAGGAUGUUUACUCAUCGUUGGAGGACUCAUGGCGAAUAUGAUCUGGCUGUUUGCCAUUUGUAAACCCCUAACAGUCGGUUUGGCACAGUCAAAAUAUGUGCAAUCAAAUAAAAGCAAUUUGAAGCCGCAUCAAAUCAAUGAUACUGGACUAAACACUUCUAACGGGCAUACACAUUGUUGCAUGAAGCUGGUGUUGCUGUCAAAGAGCUAUGACUUUAUCAUCUACAUCCUUGGUAUGACAUGCACUUUUCCUGCUUUUAUAUGUAUUCUGAUUUACAUAAUAGAAUUUCUGAAGACAAAGUCAUUUGACAGUGAGGAAGCAUUGCUGCUUUAUCUCUUUAUGAAUGUAGCCAACACGCUGGGCAGAAUGAUUCCCGGGUUAUGUAAGUACAUACCUCAUGUGAGUUCACUGGUCAUACCAGCACUUACUACAAUCAUAAGUUGUAUUUCGACUGUUGGACUAUUGUUUGCAAAUACAUAUAAACAACACCUCCUUCUGAUGUGUGGAUUCGGACUAGCGAUAGGAAGCAAUGUAACGGUGAUGUCGAUGACGACCAUUAAGCUUGUUGGAUUAGCUAAUUACUCUGUUGGUGUUGGGAUCUUGAUGACGGUUACCGGUGUCAGUUCCGUGUGUGCCGGGACCAUUUCAGGCUGGCUACUCGACCUGACGGGUACUUACACGGUGGCAUACUACAGUGCUGCAGCCUCCCACGGCGUGGCCGUAUGUCUGUUCUGUCUUGCAGCAUUGAUACGGAAACAUAAUCAACUUACAUCUGAUAAAUAUCAUCUCGGAGAUUCAGUUGACGGACCAUGAACCACUUGUGUGCAUCACCACUUUCAAGGUUCAGUUGACAGAUAAUGAACUACUUCAGUGUAUUAAUAUAUCGCCGAACAUCGAACCGUUACCACUUCCAUGGUUCAGUCAUUCGUUUACCAUGAGAAGACGCAGUAUGGCUAUGCAACUCAAUUUGUACUAACAUUUUAAAAUUUAUUUCCGAAAAAAAAUGUGAAUAAGCUUUUUCUAUCCAUCCCCCUUAAAAUUGUCUUUAAAACUUACAAAUAAUAAA